AUCGAUGGGGUCCAAACUUGUUUGAAAGCAAAAUUGCAUCCGUCGCCGGUAGUUUCCGUGUAUCGUCAUUGACUGAAAAAGACCGAUCGUGUCAUCAGACUCAAAAAAGUAGACCUGAGCGAUAUCGCCAGAUGACUCAAAGGGCCACAUUUGACCUCCUAUCUUCUUCCGAUACCAUUGAAUCCAGGCAAAGGGGCUGUUUACGCCGCGGCGGCCUUUCGACGGUGGCCUCCGAAGCGGAACGAUUCCGUUGCUCCGCGAGCAUAUGAACGGAAAACGCGGGGAACGCGGAAUGGCGACAUCGUUCCAAAGGAGACGGAUCCGUGCGAGGGGUUUCGUUCUGUUGUUUUGAUCGGAGCGGCACCAUGUAAGGAGGGGUUCAUCUGUGACUUCUAUCUAUAGGAGGCCAUUUCUCUUCGAGCUUGAUGACGAUCGUUUAUCGAUCCCCACGGGAGAAAUUCCGGUGUACUUUAGCAUGUGUGGCACACAGUUAAAAUCAAAAUAGUUCUUUUAAUAUUUAGUUGUGUCCACAACGUGAUUCACCAUAUGUUUCAUAUUAUUUGGUCGGGUUUUGGAAAAUAUACACAGACGUUUCUGCCUGAAAAGAGAAUUGUACUGACCGGUUGUAGCCAGCAGGUGUCAGCGUUCGCCGCUUGGCGUGAUUGAGCAAUGGGAAGUCGCAUUUUGGGAGCGAAUAAGAAAUAGCCACGCCAGACGAACGUUCUGUUAAAACUAUUGUCUUGUGUUUCAGGUGAGGAAAAUGCUAGAAUUUGACUGCGUAUAUUAACAAAUGACUUUGUUUUGGACUGAUUGGGUUUAGAAAUGUGUUGUCUAGUGUGUCAGUGAAUGCAGAGGUGCUCGUGGGGACGAGCGGAAGACGAGGGAAUGCGAGUAGUGUUUACAAUGGAAAAAGUUACAUAUGUGGUCACAAAUAUUUGUGUUUAUUAAUAUACAGUGGUACCUCUACAUACGAAGUUAAUCCGUUCCAGGACCUUGUUUGUAAGUCGAAAUGGUCGUAUGUCGAGCAGGAUUUUCCCAUAGGAAUACAUUAUAAUUCCAUUAAUUCGUUCCACAGACCAAAAACCUUCACUAAAUCCUUAAAAAAAUACUGCUGGUACUAUUACAAAUGGCAAUUACACAUAGCAAAACAAAUAAAUUAUAAAUCAAAAUCGGAAUAAUAAUAAUAAUAAUUCCUGUAUUAAUGUAACGAAUCGGGUUCUAAUGUGGCGGACGUUUUUUGCUGACCCUGAACGCACCGCGGAGCUGACGUGCCAGAGAGACCGGUGAGCUUGAGUUUCACUUUCACUUUGAAUGCUUUCUUGAGAACACCGUCAAUUGCGGCAGACAGAAGGUGUUUUUGUUUUGAAUAAGUUGUGAAAUAAAUGAUAAAAACGUGGCGAAGUUGGCGAUUUCUCUGGAGAUGUUACCACAAUAAGAAUUGUCAGCUUAACUUAUAAAGACUGGCGAACGAUGGUUGGAGGAGGACCGUGGAGAUGUAUUGUUGAGUCAUUUCACGGAUGCCCACCCUAAGCUCAUAUUUUUCUGUCAUUUGCAUCUUCAUUUAGAAGGUAAGCGUCAACUUUUUCCUUGUUUCACCACCUGUACCAACCUUUUCUGAAACCAGUGUUGAUUUGUCACACAAGAAAAUCCGCCGUGCAUUCGUCUGCGGUGCUGCCAUUGUCGUCGUAUUUCGAGCAUGUCGUCGGAUGUAGAAACAAAUGGCGAGUCAAAUUUUACGUCGGAUGUCGAAAAGUUCGUGUGUCGAAGCGAUCGUAUGUAGAGGUACCACUGUACAAGAGUCCUUAUUUCAGUCGGAAGAAUAAGAAAUAGCCGUCUGUGCACUUGUGAAGCCACACCAGACGAACGUUGUGUUAAAACUAUUUUCUUGUGUUUCAGUGUGCAAGAAAAAGGAAAAUAAAAGAAAUGUGUAGCGACAGACCUAAGCAUUUCGUCUUUGUCUGCACCACGCUACACGUGCGGCACGUGUGUUGAUAGGACACGGACAGUACCAAAAUAUAGGGAAAACAUUCAAUGUUAACAGCGGUCAUUAUCAAAUUUAACUGCAGCAGGAAUAAACAAAUUCCUACUGGAGCACAAGGCAAGAAGACAGUCCGACUUUUAUGAAGCAAAACGAAAGUUUACAUGUUGGGGGAAAAAAAAAAAAAAUCAAUCGCACAUCCUGGGAUUUUGGGACGUUCAAACGAUAUAUUGUGCAGGCCUACAGUAUUGCCGGCGUUUUAAACGGGUGACGUCAGAGGCCGGCGAUGACGUCAUCCUUUUGUGUCCGACAACAAGGGGGUGUCGGAUUUUCGCCGCGGCGCUUUCAAUCCCGCAAUGUUGUCAAAGUUUGCUGUUGCGAAACGCCUUCUUCGAGGCUUUGGCGGCCACGACUAUUUUUCUUAUUCGGUGCAUUGACUUUGAGGAUGGUGGCGUCCAGAAAAGGAUGACUGCAAGUAGCAGUGGGCGGGCGUCGACUGACGGUUCCAGUUUCAGAGAGGCAAACGGCGUCAGUUCAACUCCAACUUUAUGGUGUCGCGAUGAAACGGUCGCCGGAGAAGACAGACAGACAGACAGCGGGUGUAGCGGCUCGCGCGUGUCCCUUUAAGAGCUCGGUGUUACCGGAAGUCGGAGGGGCGGGUCCUGCCGGGCCAGCCACACAACGGAACCCGUCGCGGGACCGAGCGAGCGAGCGAGCGAGCGAACGAACGGACCUUAAACUCAAGCUAACCCUCGCUCUCCGCCGCCGCCUCAACCGGAGCGGCCUUCUGUCAUGAUCCGCUGGCGCGCGCGUGGGACAUGGCGUCUCUAGCGGGCCCGACUUACGACGUCGCCGCCGCCGCCGCCGAACUGGACGCCUCCCUGCGCCAGAUGCUCAAGGCCAUCGCAGACGAACGGAACCGACUCAACAUCCGCCAGGAGAUCAGCGGCCUCGGUUGCCUGAAGGACGACCGCAUCGUCUUCUGGACAUGGAUGUUCUCCACCUACUUCAUGGAGAAGUGCGCCCCACGCCAGGACGACAUGCUCUUCUACGUGCGCAGAAAGCCGGCGGCGUACGCGGGCGCCGACGACGACGCCGACGGCAAGAAGGUGGAGGUGGAAGUUUACAGGAGAGACUCCAAGAAGCUUCCGGGCCUCGGGGACCCAGACAUCGACUGGGAGGAGAGCGUCUACCUCAACCUGGUCCUGCAGAAGCUGGACUACGUGGUGACGUGCGCCGUGUGCACGCGCUCGGACGCCGGCGACAUUCACGUCCACAAGAAGAAAUGUCAGGAAGUCUUUGCGUCUCCCAGCAAGAACGCCAUGGACAGCAAAGGGGAGGAAUCCAAAAUGAGCUACCCCAACAUCUUCUUCAUGAUCGACAACUUUGACGAGGUCUUCCGGGACAUGACGGUGGGCGAAGGCGAGAUGGUGUGCGUGGAACUGGUGGCCAGCGACAAGUGCAACACCUUCCAGGGCGUCAUCUUCCAGGGUUCCAUUCGCUACGAGGCGCUCAGGAAGGUCUACGACAACCGGGUGAGCGUGGCGGCCAAGAUGGCGCAGCGGAUGUCCUUCGGCUUCUACAAGUUCAACAACAUGGAGUUCGUGCGCAUGAAAGGGCCGCAGGGCAAAGGUCACGCCGAGAUGGCCGUCAGCCGGGCGCCCGACGGGGCCGACGCCGAAUACGAGCGGCCCGCCGAGACGGUGACGUCGUUCAGCACGCCGCCGACCCCAGAGAGGAACCGCCCGUCCUUCUUCUCGCCCUCGCUGCGUCGCAAGGUCCCUCGGCACAAGAUGGCCGAGAUGAAAAAGUCGCACUCGGCCAACGACAGCGAGGAGUUCUUCCGCGAGGACGACGACGAAGAGGUCCGCGGCGCCGCCAACCUUCGCUCGCGCUCUCUGUCGGGAACCGGUCGCUCGCUGGUGGGAUCGUGGCUGAAGUUGAACCGGGCGGACGACGACUUCCCGCUCUUCUCGCACCUGACGUACGUCACGCUGCCGCUGCACCGCAUCACCGCCGACAUCUUGGAGGUGCGUCAAAAGCCCAUCUUGAUGACGUGACGACUGUCACGAGCGCUUCCCCGCGUCGGGCCCCGCGCCCUCAGACGACCAUUACCAGCCGUCCGACAAGUGCCUCCUGCUCGUCUCACGCUCUGACGGGAAGCCAUGUCACUUUGCGCGUGACCGACCCGGACGGGAAAUCGUGCGGCCUACACGCAGAGACUCUAAAAAGGGAAGUGAGCGAUUUUGGCCAAAAGAGGUACCUUCCCCCCCCCCUUUUUUUUUUUUUUUUUUUUGAACACAAACACACGUGACGACCGGUUACGCCGCCGGCGCUUUUGAUGUUUUGCUACACCUUCACGUCCUCGGCGUUCCUUGACGGUCACCUUUCGUAACACCCACCUCUCCGAGCGAAUAAAGCAGACAGAUGGA